AUGUCUGGAUUUGGAACCGGAUGUGAGUAAAAAUUAAAAUUUAGAGACAAAUAAGUUUGGCAAAUAAAUGACAAGUUUAAUUUUGAUAAAAAAAAUAGCACUAUAAGUUACUUUCCUUUAUCAUAUCUUAGGGUUUACUUAUUUUCAGACGCCAUUGCCUUCAUCGAGAAAGCCCGCUCCGAAAACAAGUCAGUAUUGGUGCAUUGUAUGGCCGGAAUUAGCCGUUCAGUUACAGUAUGUCUGGCCUACCUUAUGUACGUGAUGCAAUGUUCAUUAGACGAUGCUUUCGACCGUCUUCUGCAUCAAAAUGCUUCGAUUCAACCUAACUUCCACUUCAUGGAGUCAUUACUGUGCUGGGAAAGGGAGAUUCGCAAAGAAAUUCAUGAGUUCGUCGAUGAAAACUCGGCUUUACCAUCGACUAACUCUUCUACCGCUUCUUCUACUUGUUCAUCGGCUUAG